CAGGACUGGCACCAAAGGAGAUCACGAUUAUUGUGGUGAAUUAUUGUUAUCAAUGUAUGUGUAUGUUCCUCCCACCUAAAAAAAGCAGACAAAACAAUCAAACAAAGACUUUAAUACCCUUUAACAAGGUCAAGAUAAACUUGUUUAUGCAUGUGUGUUAGCUAAUAAAUUUAUCAGUUACCAACCACAACCUUGUUCACCCUCCGUGCCAACAUCAAAUGCCCUUCUUUUCCCCCCUCUCUUGUAUCUUUGAGCUCAUUGGCUGUCAUGAUAAGUCCAAGUGUAUUUUUAGCGCGCUAUCCUUUCAUAGGGGUGGACACAGGCAGAAAAUAGACAUAUACAGACCCCUGCAACAGAAAUCAAAACAUAAUAUAAAUCUGGUACUACCAACACUACUGGAAGUGACAGAAGGUAUGAGUUUCACAACUGCAAAAGCUCAAACUGCUCAACAACCAAUCACAACCGUCAUAGAAACCGUCACAGAUUCAAACAGUGACACACAUAAAGAAAACUUCGAUUUGAAAGUUGAAAAUGGUGUGGUGAAAUACAAACUUCAUAAUGUGUCUAAAAGCGAACAGACCAGCAUGAAGGAUGAGAACAGCACCAAAGUUUGUUUGACUAUUAAGAGCCACCGAGGAGCUUCACCUUCAGUGGAGCAACAUGACCCAAAGCCAUUAUGUAUUGUACCGAUACAAGAAAAUGUGGUUUCACAUAAGGCAUUGUUAGAGAACUAUGAAGGGAAGUUAUGUGAGGAACAACGGCCGAGUACAAAGCGCCAACUGUCCGCUGAGAGCGCGGCGAAGUCAGUGAGUGUAAGAAAGAGGAGCACUGUGAAGAAGAGCCAAGAAGAGAUUGUGAAACCCCUUUCAGUUGUCAGUCCUGGCACGCAGUCUGGGAGACCUUAUCUACCUGCAGUCUCCUCCUCUCAGAGGAAACCCAGAAAAUUGCUGUUCUCCAGCUCUGAUAUUUUCAGCAAAGUAGACACAUUCUCAAUCCAGAAAGGAAGAGAGUUGAGGAAGCAGGAGGUAUUUGAUGCUCAGAAGAUUGCCCGUGCAGUCACUGAGGGGGGCAGAAAUGAUCUGGAAAAACUCAGGGCCAUAUGGAUCUGGCUCUGCCAUAAUAUUGAGUAUGAUUUGGAGGGAUACCUUGGUCUUUCUCAGAAGAUUUGCUCUUCUGAAGAAGUCAUCAGGACGGGAAAAAGUGUAUGUAGUGGAUACUCCAGUCUCUGUGUGGAAAUGUGCAGGGAGGUGGGCAUUGAGUGUGUGGAGGUGAGUGGGUACAGCAAAGGCGUUGGAUACCAGGCUGGGCACAGUUUAGCUGAGAAGCGUUCCGAUCACGAGUGGAAUGCUGUCUUCGUGGGGGGUCAGUGGUGGCUACUUGACGCUUGCUGGGGCGCUGGCACUGUGGAUAUGAAAUGCAAAACAUUUAUGAAGAGAUACAACGACUUUUAUUUCCUAACUGAACCUAGUGAGUUCAUAAACUCACAUUUCCCUGAUGAUCAAACCUGGCAACUACUUACCACUCCCAUCUCCAUGGAAGAGUUCGAAAUUACACCCUUGAAGACCUCAGCGUUUUAUCAGUUUGGACUGACCCUGACACAACCCAAACAGUACAAAACCAUCACAGACGACGGGGAAGCAAUUGUGUCUGUGAGCUCCUCUAGACCACUGACCUUUUCAUAUGAGAUGAGGCAGCGGGAUCCCCAGACAGGAGCUCUAAAGCAGGAGGAGGUUGACAGCUCCUGUGGUCUCCUGUCAGUGACUCGUCAAGGGAUGAAGUUGCGAUUACUGCCCCCAGAGCCUGGGGCCUACGAAGUGAAGCUGUUCGCCCGGCGAGAGGGCGAACCUGGUGUUCUGCGGUGGAUUUGCUCUCUUGAACUCGAGUGCCCGAGUGUCCAAAAGAGGCAGGCCCUGCCUGAUAACCCCUACCUGAACUGGGGCCUGGCAGCAGGGGCAUCAGCCCUGGGCAUCAAGGGUUGCAGCGUCGCAGGAGAAGAGGCCGUAGAGGUGGGUGAAAGUGGUGAGUGCAAGGUGAUCCUACAAACAUCACGACCUCUGAUGAUGGUGUGUGAGCUUGCGCACCACGAGCUCGACGCCGCUACAGCCAAGCGCUGCCUUGCGUCGCAAAUCACAGCAGAAGAGCUGGUGUGUAACAUCAUGUGCCCGUACAAAGGAUUUUACCGGCUGUCUAUAUUCGUGCAGGAUUAUGACAGUGAAAGUGGGACUUUUCAAAACGCCGGGAACUAUCUACUACACUGUCAAAGCCCAGGGUUGAACCCAAAUGCGCUGUAUCCUCCAGACUUGGGCCUGUGGUGUGGUCCCGGGGUGCGUACCCAAGAAGCCGGACUGUCCCAUUUCAGCCACACAGGGACGAUAGUAAACGCACCCCAGGGCCGGUGCAACAUUACCUUCCACUGCGCUUCACCAGACCUGCAAAUACACACGACGCUCUGCGCUGAGCUGCAUGAGCAGGCUCAUUUUCCUCUGUCCCGAUAUGUACUCUUGACAUUUACAGAUACAUCUAAGGUAACCGUGAGCGUGUGCGCUCCCAGAGCGGGAGUCUAUCGUCUUGGUAUUUAUGGACGCAAACCCCCUCAGCAGGACUACAUGUCACUGUGUGACUUUAUAAUCAGGAGCGUGUGUGAAAAGCCCGGAGAUCCGUUUCCAUGUGUGUAUUCAGCGUGGGGAAGAGGGUGCGUGCUGCUGGAGCCCCGCACAGGUGUGCUGGCUCCCCAGAGUUCAGUGAGUUUCCGUGUGAAGGUACCAGGUGCGCAAAGAGUGUGUGUCGUGGGAGAGAAGCGAACGGAUCUGAAGAUGAAUAAGAGCAGAGUUUGGGAAGGUGAGGCUGUCACUGGAAAUGCCACACAACUCAAGCUCGCUGCUGUCACUAAAGAAAGCAAUGACAUGCAUGUUCUCAUGACCUUUGAUGUCCUUAACCUGAAGAAUGAACUGUGAGCAGAACAGACUUUUGUCUAGAGGAUAAAAGGGCUACGGUCACACUGCAGUCCAAUGUGGUCCCCCAUCACAUGUAACACAUUUUUUUUGAUGAUAGCGUGAACCUCAAAGAUCUGGUCAUGCUUCAUAUUUAGAAAUAAAGCAGAAAUAAAUCUGCUGUUUAUCAACACUGCAUAAAAGAGAAGAAUUUAUAAAGAUAUGAAAACAUUUAAAACUAAAUAAAUUACCAUGAGAAGACAAACUUUGUAAAAUAAUUAAAGCACAAAUCUUUUAAUAUAUUAUUAUUAUUAUUAUUAUUAUUAUUUUAUUAUUAUUCUUUUUUUAAUUAAAUACUUUUCAUUAAACUUAAUUAGUUUUAUGCCUGAGAGAAGAAAACUUUUGUAACUGGAAUAAGAAAAAUAAACUUACUUCAGUACAUGAAUAUUAGAUAUAGUUUUUAGUAUUUAGUAUUUUAGUGCAGUGUUUGGACCAGUGUUGCAAAGUCCAUGUUUUUUUUUUUUGUUAUUUUUUUUUUUUUUCAAAAACGCAGAAUUGGGCUACUUUAACACUGUUGCCACGUGUUGUUUUUGAUGUCCGCGGGUUGAAGCUACCCCAAUAACGUCAUUUAGCCCCUGAAAUACGGAUUCACCAGGA